GCCGGCCUCUCUAAACUCUCCCGCGGAGCUGGUUUGUGGGUUGGGUUGGGGGCGGCGGCCCGGCGCAGCACCCUGGGAUUCUGGAGCAUUGGGAUUUAUAGCGCGCCCUCUGGGGAAACGUCUGUAGCAGAGAGGCGUGUGGGAUCGGGAUGUCCGGGCUGCCGACGGACCCGGAGCAGAGAGCGCAGGAGCCGCGGCACGCUGGCUUCGUGCUGGGGCUGGACGUGGGCAGUACUGUGAUCCGCUGCCACGUCUAUGACCGUGCGGCGCGGGUCUGCGGCUCCAGCGCGCAGAAGGUAGAAAAUCUUUAUCCUCAAAUUGGCUGGGUAGAAAUUGAUCCUGAUGUUCUUUGGAUUCAAUUUGUUGCCGUAAUAAAAGAAGCAGUCAAAGCUGCAGGAAUACAGAUGAAUCAAAUUGUUGGUCUUGGCAUUUCAACACAGAGAGGAACUUUUAUUACGUGGAACAAGAAAACAGGAAAUCAUUUUCACAACUUUAUAAGUUGGCAAGACUUAAGAGCUGUUGAACUUGUAAAAUCUUGGAAUAAUUCUCUUCUAAUGAAGAUAUUUCACAGUUCUUGCCGAGUGCUUCACUUUUUCACUAGAAGUAAACGACUUUAUGCAGCCAGUUUGUUCACUUUCACAACCCAGCAGACUUCUUUGAGAUUGGUCUGGAUUUUACAGAACCUGAUUGAGGUGCAAAAGGCAGUUGAAGAAGAAAAUUGCUGCUUUGGAACUGUUGAUACCUGGUUGUUGUAUAAGCUCACAAAAGGUUCUGUAUAUGCCACAGAUUUUUCAAAUGCUAGUACAACUGGACUUUUCGACCCAUAUAAGAUGUGUUGGAGUGGGAUAAUUACCUCUCUAAUUUCGAUACCACUUUCUCUCCUACCUCCCGUGAGGGACACAAGCCACAAUUUUGGAUCAGUGGAUGAAGAGAUAUUUGGUGUGCCUAUACCAAUAGUUGCCUUGGUUGCUGACCAGCAAUCAGCCAUGUUUGGAGAGUGCUGCUUCCAGACAGGUGAUGUGAAAUUAACCAUGGGAACUGGGACAUUUUUGGAUGUUAACACUGGAAAUAGCCUUCAACAAACUAUUGGAGGCUUUUAUCCAUUAAUUGGGUGGAAGAUUGGACAAGAAGUCGUAUGCUUAGCUGAAAGCAAUGCAGGAGACACUGGUACUGCCAUAAAAUGGGCUCAACAGUUAGACCUUUUCACAGAUGCUGCUGAGACUGAAAAAAUGGCCAAAAGUUUGGAGGAUUCUGAAGGAGUUUGUUUUGUUCCAUCUUUUAAUGGAUUACAGGCUCCAUUAAAUGACCCCUGGGCAUGUGCCUCUUUUAUGGGUUUGAAGCCUUCCACCAGUAAAUACCAUCUUGUACGAGCAAUAUUGGAGUCAAUAGCUUUCAGAAACAAACAGUUAUAUGAGAUGAUGAAGAAAGAGAUUCAUAUUCCUGUAACAAAAAUCCGGGCAGAUGGAGGAGUUUGUAAGAAUGGUUUUGUCAUGCAGAUGACUUCAGACCUGAUUAAUGAGAAUAUAGACAGACCUGUGGACGUUGACAUGUCAUGCCUGGGUGCAGCUUCUCUAGCUGGCCUUGCUGUUGGGUUUUGGACUGACAAGGAGGAAUUAAAGAAACUGAGACAAAGUGAAGUGGUUUUCAAGCCACAGAAGAAAUGUCAAGAAUAUGAAAUGAGUCUGGAAAACUGGACCAAAGCAGUGAAACGCUCUAUGAAUUGGUAUAACAAGACAUAACACUAAAUGAAAUGAUCAAAACCAUAGAUGGCUGGUUUAUGUGACGUGCAGAUGAGAUAAAGCUCAGGGAUAACCAAUAUGACAAUGACUAAGAGGAGAAAAUGUUAAAUAAGCUUCAUAAGAAGCAUUGCUUUAAAAAAUCUUAUUUUUUUCCCUAAAUCAUGGUAAGGCAGCAAUACCUCAAAACUUUAUAUCUUCUAUUUUGUAACAAAUUCCAAAGGACAUUAGUCAUUUCCAACCAUAUUUUGACAGUUAUGGAUCCUCUUCCUUUUUAUACUGGGUCAGUGGUACAUAGGAACAUAAUGAUUUACCAUACAAGCUAAUAGUUCUGGGUCAAUCACCAUGCACAUAUUGUUCCAAAAUUAUGUGAAAUGUGUUUAUUUAAUUCUUUAAAUUUAAGUGGGCUAUUUGAAGUACAUAUAGCUAAAAAGAAAGAAUAACUGAGAAAAUGUGGAAUUUUGUAACAUUAAUAUUUUAUGUUUAAAGCCAUAAUUUUCUAAUAUUAUAUCCAAAUAUGAGCUUAAUAUGUCCCUCUCAGAUAAGCUUCUGAGUUAGUUAAUGCUUUCCUUUACUGGUCUUAAAGACACUGCCUUAAUUUUUCCUUGUUCAACCAAAAUCUGAGCAUUCUUUCUAUGUUGAAAACACUGAAAAACUAAUUUUAGUUAAUGAACUAAAAAGAAUAUUGAUUUUUAAGAAACAGAAAAAUACUACUUAUUUUCCUUCUCAAAUAAUGUUUCUUUCAAAAACUUCUGGCUGAAGUAUAACAUGCUGGUAGUUAACAUAAAUCUUGCCUUUCUCUUGUUGUUUAUCUUUCUUCGUUGUUUAGAUGCUUGUAUUAAUGUCUUGUUUUUAUUGAGUGCCUGAUUGACAGAGCUUAAUUUGAAGAAAGUGCCCUAAUUUAUUGACCACUUAAGAAUUGUCUUUAUUGUGGUAUUUUAUUUGUUCCUGCGUCUUUUUGAUGUUUGUUCGGUCUACUCAUCCCUCUGAGUAUGUGCAGCGGAUAGCGGAUAGAGGGGAGGAGAGUGUUUCUAUGCUCAGGAUUGCCCUUCAGCCACUCGGCCAGAGAUCCACAGGGAGCAAGCAGCAAGGACAGUCUCGCAUUCUCAGACUUUCUUGCAAGAAACAGUGAAGAGGAGUAAGUUGUGAGUAGUGUCAAGUUGGAUGUAGAAUUGUCCUAAGGCAGUUGACCCCACCUUCCAACAUAUUUUCACUUUAUUUGCCCCUCUCUAUAUUUGGGGUAGGUUCCAUUUGGAUUUGCAGCAAUAAUGACUUUAUUUCUCUCUUGGUCAGGAUUUAUCACAUAAAAUCCUUUUAUUAUAGAACUAGCUAUUUUAGUUACAUAGUAAUGUAACUAAUGAAGAGACUUAUAGAGAAUUUUGUUUUUGCUGUCAUAUAUGUCCAUUUUGGAGACAGAUAUGAUAGAACUAGAAGUUAAGUUGCAUUUCUGCAAGUGCCAUUUGAAUGAACUUCAAGUAUCUUCUUAAUUAUUAAAUUUUCUGAAGGCAUUGUAGCAAAUAUAUAGUAUCAUUAAAUCUACUAAUUAAUAUUUGGAAAUAUUUUUGUUAUUAAUAAAUAGAGGUAUUUUAUUUACUGUGAAAAGUCAAACUUCAUUAUGUAGAUAAAUCUUAUUCUUUUCAUUCUUUCCCCUGUUUACAUCCUUUUCCAAAGCUUAGUCCCCAAUUAAAGCUUUCCUAUCAAAAUCA